ACUUCCUUUCCCCCCCCAACACAAGGAAGCAUUUAAAGACUGAAAUUGUCAGAGAUGUGAGCCACUGCUUUUCAGUAGCUCAGCUGAACUGUGAUGCCACCAUGUCUACCCACUGUGAACUGCUCAUACUGGUACUUGCGCUGACUCUUCAUGGUCAAGUUCAUACAGGGAGAAUCUUUGGAGGUCACGAGGCUGAUGCCCAUAGCAGGCCAUAUAUGGUGCUUUUGGAGAUGCACAUGCAGGAUGGUGAAAUAGAAAACUGUGGUGGCUUCCUUCUAAGUGACGAUUUUGUGUUGACUGCAGCCCACUGCCAAGCCAGCUCUUACAAAGUCUCACUAGGAGUUCACAGAGUCCGUAACAUGAAAAAUGGACAGCAUGUAUCUGUGGAACAAUCAUAUCCACAUAAAAACUACAAUGCAAGUCAUUACAGAUAUGACAUCAUGCUUCUUAAGUUGAGCUCCAAGGCAAAAUUAAACAACAAUGUGGGAACCAUUGCUCUCGCAAGCCAAAGUGAUGGCUCUCUGCCAACAUCAUGUCAAGUCUCCGGCUGGGGAAGAGCUGACAGGACCACCACUUAUAUGUCUCCGGUACUUAGAGAAGCCAAUGUAACACUGAUUGACGAUCAGCUGUGUGUUGAGAACAACAUGUACUGCUCCAAGGGAGAGACUGGACCGGGUCAGGGAGACUCUGGUGGUCCACUGAUCUGCGAAGAUGGAAAGGCAUACGGGGUGGUGUCCUUCUACUUCAAAUACACCUCAGAUGGCCCAAAGAUACAUGGUUAUACUAAGAUUCCUGACUACAGAAGCUGGAUUGAUUCGAUUAUGGAAAUCUGAGACGUGUAACUAUUGAUAGAUCAAAUCAUAACAUUUGAAUGUAUUGUUUGUAAAACAUUGGAGAGCUGAUAAUUGAGAUAUUAAUAUCACAACUUUUUUGGUCAGACCAAAGUCUGGACUUGCUUUACACAGAUUUAAUGAAAAUGUGCAUUUUCAAAUUAUACAAAUUAUUUUAUUAUUUAGCAAAUUGAGUCAAAAGACAGAAAAUGAUAUAUGAAUGUGAUUUGGGUCUUUUAAGUCAAAUGUUUUGUCUUCUUCUCCUGCUGCUGGGGAACUUGACAACUACAUUUUUUGUGAAUACACUUGUAAUUAUUCUAAGCAAAUUUAAACUAGGCACACAAAGGCUUUCUCAAUGCUACACUUUAACAAGCCAACCAUGGCACACAAAUAAUUAAGUAUGGCUUAACAUCUGAAAAAUAAGUGUACACUCAAUGCUGUUGAAUAAAUGUUUGUUGAUUGGUAUUACAUACAGUAUGUCAUCCUGCUCUUUAAUACAUUAUAUACCAUAAAUGCAUCAUCAAAUGAGAACACAGGAUCUUCUAAGUUUGUUUUGUACCAUCUUUUAAAACAAUAAACUGUUUCUCUCAC